GCCGCCAUCCACCGUCAACAAAUCGUUGAAUGUCGCCACCAUUUACCGUCGCCAUGAUCGAUCAGUCUCUGAACCCUAGCAAACCUGAAUAAUCGCGAACCCCCUUUAGAUUUUUGAAAUCUGUCGCGACUGGUCACGCAUUUUCCUGGUGUCGAGCUUCACUGAUGGCGAGCUUCUGGAGACGAAUUCUCCGGUCGCGAAACUACCUUUCAUCUCAAACUCUAACUCGCUGGAACCCUAAACUAUACCAUUGCGUUGAAGCUAUUGAAAUGGCGAUACCCUAUCUACGAAAUCUGUCAAGUUUCAGAAUUUUUGGAGUUUCUAUCGAGUUUUCUGCUGUUGCUCGCGAAACCCUUGACGAUGCACUGAAAUUCUUCCAGAGCUCGUUUGUUAGUCGAAUGCCUGUUUUUCUUUCUUUUCUAAUCCAAGUUAAAAUUUAGUGAAUAAGUGGAGCUAUGGAGAUCGAUCCUCCACAUGGAAGUGAUGGAAGCACCAGCGGAUCAAAGGAAAGUGAGAUUUAUGUGGUACCCAGUAACCAUUCAGGUUAUGGUUUGCCAUUUGCUCCUGAGGAUUUUCCUGAACCUGGUGAUAAGUGGGGUUGGAAGGUGGGGAAGAGAGUUAGUCUUACAGGACAUUUUCUGGACAGAUAUCUUUAUCUUCCUGCUCGUCUUCAUGAAAAAUUUAAGUUAGGGGGUUUUGCUAGUAAGAAAUCAGUUGAGCGGUUCAUGGUGGAAGCGUUUCCUGCGGCAGAUAUCAAGGCCUUCUUUGCCUCUUUCACUUGGAAGAUUCCAGCUGAAAAAAUUAAAGGAAAAAAAGAAAUUGUCUCGGGGCAUCCAAAUUGCAAUCCAAAUUUUGAUCCUGCAGGCUGCAAGGCUGGAAAUAUAAUGUGUUCCAGUCUGCUAGAAGCAAGUGAUCCUUCUCAUUCGGAGACGAUGAUCUGCAAUAUUUGCUGUAUUGAGCCCCUUUUCUGCAGUGAUUGUUGCUGUAUCCUUUGCUCUUUGAGAAUUGAUUCAGCAAAUGGCGAUAAUAAAAGCUUCAUCAGAUGUGAAGCCAGGGUCAAAGAUGGGUUCAUUUGUGGACACAUUUGCCACAUAGAAUGUGCCCUCCGUUCUUACAUGGCUGGGACCGUAGGAGGAACUAUUGGUCUAGAUGCAGAGUAUUACUGCCGUCGCUGUGAUGCAAGGACGGAUUUGAUCCCACAUGUCAAGAAUCUUCUUGAGAGCUGCGAGUCUAUUCAUUCUGGUGAUAAAAUUCAGAAAAUACUUCAUAUUUGCAUUCUUAUAUUGCGAGGAUCAACUAAACUAAGUGCAAAAUCUCUGUUGCAUCAUGUUCAAUCUGCUGUAAGAAAGCUUAAGGAAGAAAAAUCUCUUGAAGAUUUAUGGAAAUGGGAAGACACAUCAGCUGAUACUACAGGAGAACUCUCCCGGUGUGAAACCGCACAUUAGAAGUUUCUCAUUUACAACCUGAGCCAGGUUCAGAGACUGCCAUUUUUGUUAAUCAUAAGAACUUGAGGAGAGGGUCGAGAAGACACUGGCCGCAAUGAAGAAGUCUGAGGAAGGAGAGUAUAGGAUUGUUGAGGAUGUCCUUCAGAAAACCAUCUUCUAAAUCUUUAU